GUAUGAUUUAACUUCAGUUAGUGUGAACAAAAUGAGAUUGUUGGUGCUGUUAGUGAUAUUAGCUGGUGCUUUUGUACAAAUAAAUGCAAAACUACCAGUAAAACCCGCAAAAUUCGAUCCAAAAUCAAUUGAAUUGAAAAAUUUCUUAUAUAAACAAGAGGUGAUCCUUGAUGUCUUCCAACAUGUGCAUCAAAAUGACACACAAAAUAAAUUAUAUGCUGAUUCAUUAAAAUUGAAUUUUACAACAUUGGGCGAAUGGUACGAGGAUGCAGCAAUUGUGAAUAAGUUUGUGAAACGACAAGAAAUCGGACUAUUGCCACGUGGCGAAGAGUUUUCGGUGUUGAAAAAGUCACACAUUGAAGAAGCAAUUGCACUAUUUCGUUUGUUGCAUGAAGCCGAAAACUGGAAUACAUUUUACGAUGUUUUAGUUUGGGCUCGUUUCCAUGUGAAUGAAGGUGUAUUCAUUUAUGCGUCAACCGUUGCAAUUUUACAUCAUCCCGACUUAGAAGGAAUCGUUUUACCAGCACCAUAUGAAAUUUAUCCAUACUAUUUCUUCAAUGCGGAAACAAUUCAAGAGGCACAAACUAGUAAAAUGCAAGGAUUUCCAAAAAGCAAAAAAGUCGUCGGGCAAACAGCCGAGCUAAUCAUUCAAUCGAAUUAUACUGGAUGGAAUAAGCGAUCAAAUCCAGAACAAAAAUUAUCAUAUUUCACAGAAGAUAUUGGUUUGAAUGCAUGGUACUUCUAUUUCCAUGCCGAUUAUCCAUUUUGGAUUGAUAGCAAAGAUUCAAUAUUCAAAAAUCGACGUGGUGAAGUGUAUUUGCAUACACAUUCACAGCUUUUGGCUCGUUAUUAUUUGGAACGUCUUUCAAAUGAUAUGGGUAAAAUUCCACAAUUUUCAUGGCGCGUACCAUUCCGUACCGGAUACAAUCCAGCGCUUGCUUAUUAUAAAGGAUCAUCAUUUCCAGUGCGUAACAACUUCUAUAGCACAUACAACGAAGAUACAUAUUAUUCAAUUGAAAAGCUCGAAGGUUUGGAAAAUCGCGUUAAAUUUGCCAUUGAUCAUCGUCUCUAUACAUUGCCAAAUGGUACCGUUAUUGACAUCAGUAAACCGGAAAAUGUUGAACUCUUUGCCGAUUUAUACAAAUAUACACCAUACAAAAAUGAUGGUAAAUUUUUUGGUUUAUUAGAAGUCUUGGGUCGCACACUUUUGGGAACAGCCAUUGAUAAUUACAGCACCGAUGAUUAUUUGCCAAGUGUUUUGGAACAUUUUGAAACAAGUUUGCGUGAUCCAGCAUUUUAUCAAUUAUACGGUCGUUUGAUUCGUUAUUAUUUACAAUGGAAGACUAAACUUGAACCAUACAAAGAAGAGGAUAUUGGUUUUGAAGGCGUUCAAAUCGAAAGUGUUAAUUUGGAUCGAUUAGUCACUUAUUUCGACACAUUUGAUUCAGACAUUACGAAUGCAGUCGAUAUUGAACCAAUGACGACACCCACCAAAGGUAAAAAACCAAAUAAAUAUGGUGACGAUUUGGUAAUAAAAGCAAGACAAUGGCGUUUAAAUCAUUCACCAUUUACACUGACAUUAAAUGUAACAUCGCAAAAGGCACAAAAAGCAUCGGUUAAAGUAUUCCUGGGGCCAAAGUUUGAUGAAGCUGGAAAUGAAAUUGACAUCAACGAAAAUCGUGAAAACUUUUACGAAAUUGAUAAAUAUGUGGUUGGCUUGACGGCAGGCCGUACAAUCCUUACACGCAACAGUAUUCAUUUUAAAUUUUAUUCAAAUGAUCGUACUACAUAUUUUGAUCUGUAUAAAACGGUGAUGAUGGCUAAAAGUGGUGACGGAAGUUUGCCACCUAAUUUUAGCCGAACAACAUGCGGUUUUCCACAACGUUUGAUGUUGCCAAAGGGCACAAGGACUGGAUUUGCUGUUCAAUUGUUUGUUAUUAUAACUGAAUACCGUUCACCUAGCACAUGGGUCAUCCAAAAGGAUUGGUUUAGUUCGAGCAAUUGUCGUCGUGAUAUCGAUGCACGACCAUUGGGCUUUCCAUUGGACCGAGAAAUCGACGAAACAAUUUGGUAUACACCAAAUAUGAAAUACAUCGAAACCGCCAUUUAUCAUAAGUCCGAAGUGGAAAAGACAAUGGAACAAACAAUGGAUACUACAAAGAAUUAAUUUAAUUUUAAUUCAUAAAAUCUGUUGCAUUCAAUGUAUUGCUUUUUCUAUAAAUAAAAAUAUCUCACAUUUUUACAAUGUAACAAUGUAUUUCCCAUUGUGGUGCAAUAAAACAAUCUAGUGAAAUGUGUUGA